CUCACACACACACACGAAUAACCAGCGAAACCAGAACCAACCUGGAGUUAAGAAAAUAAUAAGCCACAAAAAUGCAACCGAAUAAAGCCUAAAGUAUAAAGCACCCAGAAAACAGGUCCCCUGGAGACAGGAUAGAGAAUUUAGAAGUGGGUGCUUCCGGGAUCCCAGGUGCCCUACGUUUGACCUUCAUAGGUUAUGAUUUAUGAAGCAAUUGUGGUAAGUUUUUCCACUUACAGUGUUUGCACGUACAUUAUCAUUUAAUCCUCGGAUUCGAAUGUGCAGUGGUGGGGAUUCGGGCCAGUGCUGAUGUAGGGCCCACAUCAUUGCUCAGUGUGUGUGUGUGGGGGGGGUCGUUCCCAGCCCAGCCUCUCUCACUACAACCUGGCCUACAUGGAAGGCAAACGCAGAGACUUGCUAGGGAAUCCCCCAAAUCCUAGUCAUCUGGUUUUGCACCGCAGAGAUGCUGUCCUCUGGGGCAAAGGGCACAGGGGAAGGGGCCUUAGUAGGUUAAUUAUUAACCCUUAGCACCUCAGGGCACCUCGGACUUCUCUCCUGGAGGCCGAGGGACAGGUACUGGUUUGGGGCUAGCGAGGGGGCGGUGGUCCCCGCCCCAGCCAUGGGGGUCGCGCUGCUAACACAGGUGUCUCGGCGCUACUUUCGCCACGCGAUUCCUCUUGCUGUCCUCUCGCUGCUGCUGCUUUAUCUCUGUGCUCGGAGCUUCCGUGAGUGGUCCCUUCCCUCAUCUGCCCUGGGAGGCACCAGGAACCCAAGCGCUGGGGACCUAAGGCCCCCUCCUCGAGCCUUCACCGCUCGGCCUCGCCCCUCCCCAGGCGUCGUCUCAGGGUGCACGUCCUGGGCACAGUCCUGCAAUCCCGAAGGACCGCCGCCUGUCCAGGUCCGGUGGCAAUCGGGCCCCCUGGAGGCCCCCAAGUGGAAAGAGCCUCCGUGUGAGGGCCCCCAGGGGGUGCUGGGCCGCGUGAUGGAGCCGUUUCGCGCCAGUCUGAACCCCGAAGGCGACGUGGCAUUGUCGCAGUACCUGGCCGGAUGGAGGGCGCUGGUCAGGUUCCUAACUCCCCUCGGUUCCAUCUUCGCCUUCGCCACGGACGAGGCCUCCGCCAAGGUGACAGCCCUAGAGGCUCGGGUGCACGGCCCGGAGGCGGCGCACUACUCGUCGCUGGCGGCCAUGGCGGCGUGGGAGCGGCGGGCGGGACUGCUGGAGCGGCCCGGGGUCGCCCCCCGAGACCCGGCCAGGUCCUCGGGCUCACGGACCCUGCUCUUGCUGCACCGAGCGCUGCGCUGGUCCCAGCUCUGCCUCCACCGGGUGGCGGCCGCGACGCCCGGAGGCCCGGACGCCGGCGUGCAGUGCGGCGACGCGUACCGCACGGCCCUGGCCCCGCACCACCCCUGGCUCGUGCGCCAGGCCGCCCGCCUCGCCUUCCUCGCCUUCCCGAGUCGCGGCCGCUGGCUCGGGCUGGCGUGCCCGGGGGCCGGGGAGACGGAGGCGCGGGCCGCGCUGGCGCGGGCGGCGGCCACCCUGGAGGCCGUCUACAACCGCACCCAGGGCCUGCUGGCCGAGCGCGGGCUGCUCGGGCUGGCCUGACGCCCGCCGCGGUCGGGACCCGCCACGUGGAGAGGGCGCCCCGCGUUCGGCCCGCCGCCCACCCGGGCCCGGCCAGGGGCGGGGCCGCCGCGGCCACGCCCACGUAUGACGCCACGUCUGGAAGGCCCGCCCCCCGGCGGGGUGGGUGGGUGCCGAGCCCCUCUGUCUCUCCGCGGUCGCGGGACGCGGCGGGGAGGAGCUGUAGGGAAUAAAAGCAUUCUUUGG